AGCAACGCGAACCGUCAGGAUACGGACUUACGGAGGACGACUGGCUCUUACCAUCCUUAACGCUAUCCGACAGGGAACGGGAGAGGGCAGUGCCGCGCCAUGGCAGGAGCCUUCGCUCUCCGCCUCGUGCCGCGCCUCGCCGCGGCGCCGCCGGGGAGGGGGAAGGGAGGCGGGCGCGCUGCAUCCGGCCGGGCCCUGGUGUCAAAGAAACCAAACAAGGAGCAUCAUUUGUGGAUUAGGAAGGAGACAGCUGGGUCGGGGAAGAAAGCUCUCCGUCUUGUUGAUACUGUUUCAAAGUUACCAAACGAAAGGGAAGCUAUUUAUGGUGCAUUGGAUAAGUGGAGUGCUUUUGAACCUGAAUUUCCUAUUAUAGCAGCAGCAAAAGCUUUGGGGAUGUUGAAAAGGCGAAGACAAUGGCUAAGAAUCAUCCAGGUAACCAAGUGGUUGAUGAGCAAAGGCCAGGUGCUGACUUGGACAACAUAUGAUACGCUUCUGUUGGCACUUUUUAUGGAUGGAAGGGUAGAUGAGGCUGAGUCAAUUUGGAAUACUAUAAUACAGACUCAUACGCGCUCAGUGCCCAAGAGGUUGUUCUCUCGGAUGAUCUUGAUGUAUGAAAUUCGCCAUCGUCCAGACAAAGUUUUGGAGAUAUAUGCUGACAUGGAGGAAUUAGUGGUGCGUCCAGAUGAGGAUACAACAAAAAGGAUUGGAAGAGCAUUUAUAACUUCUGGCCAGGAAGAUAAAGAAAAGGUUGUCCUUGAGAAAUACUUGAAAAAGUGGAAGUACAUCCAUUUCAAUGGAGAGCGUGUUCGGGUGCGGAGGGACGGGCCAUUGGGGUAGUAACCAUUCUCUGAAAUGCUUGAAACCAUCAAUACGAUCUCGGUUGUGACUUGUGAAUAUGUCAUUGUUGUCUCCGCGACGGUCGUACACACAGUAAUUACCAUUCCUCGUAUGUGAGAGGGAACAAAGGCACAAAGCCGAGAGAUUGUAUUGCUGUAGCCUCUAGGGGCAAAUGUAAGAGCAGAUGGGUAACAGCUAGCAACUGCUAACAAGAUACUGAUUUAGGUAUUGUAAGCAUCCACUAGUUGUGAUGCUUCAAACUGGUCGGUUGAACUUGUAUGUGUUUGUGUAGGGUAUUUGAACUUCAAUGGAAUGAUCUUGUGUUAUGUUCUAA